CUACACACACGCAGGGAUGACCUCGUUCAGGCGGUCAGGGUUUUCUUGAAAUCUUACCGCUCCUCUCGUCUCUCUCUCUGUGUCUCUCUCUACCUGCGAACACAGCGAGAGUAGCAAUGGCAGUAGCUGAACUGGCGGCGGCUCCUCUUCGCUUGCAGUAGCUGCAAUGGCGGCAGACGUUUCAGUGAAGGUGGAGCCGGAGAACGUCUGUUGCAGAGCGUGGAAGCUCAAGUACUCGAAGUUGGAAGAGAAGCGAAAUGCUCUCAGGCAAGCCGUGAAGCUACUCGAGCAGCAGCUCGAUAAGGUUCAGGCCGAAAGCCUCAAUCACAAGAAAGCAUGUGAAGCGGAACGGGCGCGUGCAGAACUUGAGAAAGAGGAAAAGGAGAGAGCAUUAUCUGUCAGAGUUUCGUUGGAGAAUGAAGUCGCUGUGUUGAAGUCCGAGAUAGUGUCGUUGCAGAGAAGUGUCGGUUCUGAUGAUCAAGACGGGAAGGAGAAAAUCAAGUUGCUCGAGGCCCAGGUCUCUAAGGGGGAGGCAGAAAUUAAACGCCUAAAGGAACUUACAAAGAAGGAGAAAUCUAGGGCAGAUUCAGAAAGGAAGAAUGCAGAGUCCGAGAAAAGAAGAGCUGAGGAAGCCUGGAAAAUGUUGCAAACCGAGAAAAGUAAGGCUGAUGAAGAGAGAAAAAUCUGUGUUAUUGAACGGAGGAAGGCUGAAGACUGUAGGCUGCAGUUGCAGAACUUGAGAAAAGAAAUUGAUGAAGCAAGAUCAAAAUUAGUCUCUGAGACUUUAAGGUGUGAAGAGGCAAAGAAAGAACUUGAAUUAGAGAAGCAAAGAACAAUGAAAGAGAGACAGGGUGCCGAUUUGGAGAAGGCUAAAGCAGCUGAUCAAAGAAAGCUAGCUGAAGAUAAUUACAGGAAGCUAAUGGAAGAGAAAGAUCAUGCUAAAAAUUUGUCUGGUGAAGUUGAGCGAGGCAAAAAGUGCAUUGAGAAAUUGCAGCAAGAGCUUCAUGACGUUAUGUCUUCUAUCAGAAUGAGUAACUGUCCUGUAGCAGGAACUGACCAGAAAGUGGAUUUUGAGAUUGCAAAGCAGAAUGAUGAGCUUUGUAGAACGGCUAGGCUGAUUUCAACAGCUGAGAAAGCAGCCAUUGAUGUUGAGAAACAGAGACAGUCAAGUAAGAAGAAACAGACAGCUUUGGAAAUGUUGAAAGGAAAUAGUCAAACUGGAGAGCAUAAUAAGGCUUUGAAUGACAAAGAUAAUGAUAAAUCACCCAAAUUGUCGGAGAAAAAGAGGCGAAGGAGUGGAAAGUUCAAGAAAGAUGGAUCUGGGAAACUGUUGGAGGCUCCUCCUGCCUUGCCUAUGACGGAUGCUGACUCUGCCAAGUUGAAGCUUUUGAAAGAAAGAUUGAAGCUUGAAAAGAUGAGAGCUAAACAUGCCAAAGAAGUGGUGGAAUUGGAAAAAUGCCGAAAUGAUCUUCUGAUGCAAGAAAUCCUUCGUAUGAAGAUGGAGUUUGGCGAAUUUGCACAUCGCCUUGAUGCACUGGGCAGCUGUUUCUCACCCAGCCGUGGAGGUAUGCCUGGGCUUGAAAAGAAUGCAAGAACCACCGGUACAACUGGAAGGAGGCAAAAUUUGUGUGUCCCAGAAUCGUUUCAUGCAUGCUGUCAAAGCAACAUUGCAAUUUUCAAGCCUAGCUGUGUAUCCGUUGCCACAUGUGAUGAUUUGAGACAGCUUCCGCAUAGAGAAGUUGGGCCGCCUACACCCAGAGGCAGUUCUACUGAUUUUGUAUCAGGUACUGAUUCUAAAUCGGAGCUUCCGCCUAGAGGCUCUAACAGAAAAAAAUUACAGUGUUCUGCCCUAAAUUCUGCUACGGCAUCUUUUUCUGAUAGAGAGUUGGUGGGAUCACAGGACAGGGCAUACAUUGUUGCUUCAUCAGCAAAACUGAGGAAAGAUAACUUGAAUCAGCAAAGAAAUGUUUCGAGCCUAUCCAAUGGAGAUACCAAAGUGAGGGCCAACGAAAAAUUCCUUGAGGUUUGUGACGAUAGUGUGAAAAGUCCUCAUGUGGGUCUUCAUGGAUCAAAAGUAUGCGGACAGAAGAGGAAGAACCUUCUUGAUGUGAUUGAAUCGGUUGAUCAUAUGAGUGUAAGAAGUAGGAAGUUGCAUCUCCAUAUGGAAGAGGACCGUACUCUCUUGCAUGGUAUUUUAAGUCAACAAACAGAUGAACCCUUGAAUGAUGCUGGAUAUAUGCUUGAUAGUAAACAAGUGGAGCAUGAGAGCAAGCGGAAGAAGAGAAAGGUUUUACAUGAAAAGGACGGUGGAAAAGGACUACAUCAUGGCAAUAGGAUACUGCAGAACAAAAAUAACUGUGGAUCUGAAAUUCGCACUGAAGCAAAUACCAGUGGACGGGUUCCCAAUGAAAUAAUUGGAGGAGUUUGCUUUGUACGGAGGGAGGAUGUUGGUGGUUCUUUUGGCUGUAACAAUGAUAGAGUUGAAAUUUUUGAUACCGUGGAUGGCAGUUAUAUGAAAUUGCUGGAAUUGGAUGAUCCGACUGAUGAGCAGCGCUACAGGAGAGCGAUUGGCAGGCUUGUUUCUCCAGGGCUUCCCGAGAUGGACUUCGAUAUCACUGAAUCUUCUGAUAAGGAAGAGAAAGACUUGAUCCAUGGAGUAGUGCAUGAGAAAGAGAAUACAUCAACUUCCUGCUGUCUCGGUUUGGGAGAAGGGAGAGUCGAUUUAAACAGGUUGAGAUUUAUUGUUUCAGGAGAGGGGGGUAAAUUUUUAUUUGAGAGUCAACAUGGAUCUGCAAAUGAUGCUCUUCCUAAAUAUUGUGUUAUCUCUUCGGAUGUUAAGGAAAUCGAAAGCAUAUAUAGGAUAAUUCUAGCAAUCGACAGUUGUGUGGUUCGGAGUUCUUUGCUAUCUCACCCAGGCUGGAUGCUGCAAAAAUUUCUGAUUGAACUGAGGAAGGAAGAAAAUCUCCUGCAGAAGGAGAGGGUCUGUGUGCUGUUUUCAUUAUUGCUGGUCAACUACUCUGUUGUGGCAUCAGGAACAUUUGGGUACUCAUUUGACAGAGAUUUUUUCAAUUUGGUAGAUUCAUUUGCUGAGCAUAUAAAGUCUGUGAUGUCAAAUGCGGAGACAAGACUACUAUUUAUGGAGUUAUGUCAAGUUGAUGGACUUCUUUGUCUCACUGAGGAUUUCCUUGUUCACGGGAAGAUUAUUUUCUGUAAUGGUGUACCUUCUGAAUCUUCAAUCGCAGCUGAUAGAACAGUGGAAAUGAAAUUGGACAACGUUGAUGGUCACCUGUCAUCAGGAACUGCAUCAAGGGAUCUGUUGGUGGCGGGCAGUAUUGUUUUUGCAUCAAUAUGUGUGAUGGACAAUAAGAUUGGUUUUUCAUGUGAAGCUUCCUACAAGAUUUGUUGUACAAAUGGAUCUGAUCCUUUAUUGGUCCUUAGCAUUCUUCAUGUGUUUGCUUAUUUAUGUGGAAGCGAAUAUCUUACAUCAAGCAGAUAUAGUUUGCUGAUGACCGUCUUGAAGUCAGUGGUCAUGCUUCUUGAGCAAUCUAAUUUGUCGGUGGGUUCUCAAUGUCCCUUGUUGGUGGGGGAGGUGGGGGCUGUUGUCCCUCCGAGUGCCAGCUGCCCAUUCAGUAUUGGAGCAACUUCUGUGGAUGGUGUCAUAUCGCUAUUAUUAGAGAGGCUUCAAAAGAUUGCUCUAUGUGGAAGUCUGCAACCUGUCACAGUGGAACCGAUCAAUUUAGGAAAUACUCUAGAUAAUUUUAGUGCUCAGCCGGAUGCAUUUGAAAUCCUGCCUGACAAGGGAGGCAAAGGGGUCCCCCUUACUGAAUCACAAAUCAGAAGUGCUGACGAUCUCUUUGAUCUUAGUGAAUUACUUUCUUUGGUGGAGUUAAUUGCAUUGAAUGCAGGGUGGGAGUCCACACAAAGUAAAAUCAUCCCACAGCUGUUAAAACUUUUUGAAUCUCCCAUGCUGGAAAGCAUUUCUGCAGCUGUUAUAAUUCUUGUUGGUCAACUUGGAAGGCUUGGAGUUAAAGCCGGUGGCUUUGAUGAUGUUGGAGUCCAAAGUUUGAGGCGUUCCUUGUAUAGCUUUCUCGGACAGGCCGCCACCUUGAACAUGGGCUUCUCUACUCAGUCUGCUAUAGCAAUUGCUCUGCUUCGGCUUGUGCCGCUAGAUUUUGAGAAUAUUGUGCGGGGUAACACAAGUGUGAGUCAGUCUGCCUCUGCCUGUGCUAUCAGAAAAUGGUUUUCUUCUUUAACCAGAGAUCAGAAAACCUCGAUUUGUAAUCUUCUCCAAUCAGCAACUGUAGAUAAAAGCUGAGCUUUAUUUGUCGACCCGCUUUUUUCUUCACUUGAAGAUCAAUCAAUUCACAAGCUCUACACAGAUUGUCGGGUUUAAGUUAUUGAAGAGGACUGGACAUUUCGGCAAUUUCCACCUAUUUUUUAGAUCAUUGCAAUGUUGUUGGCAUCAUGACAAUUUUGGAUCUCAGGGAGAAGCUUUUUGUAGUCGAUAUCGCAAUUUGGCUUGUCAUAUUGCAAUUUGUGUAACUGGAAUGUUCAGGGACGGAUUUUGAGAGGAUGAGAAUGGGUAGCCUUUUUGUCCAGUUUCUUGCUGUUCGGCUAAAUAAAUAUCUAUUAUUCUGGUCUGCA